CUUAUUAUAAAAAAAUAUCACGUGAAUUGCUUAGCUGCUCUGCUUUUCCUCCAAUUUCGUCCCCUGUGUUCCCAUUACAACUUUAUUUCCUCAGCCAAUACCCGUUGCUUCAAUUUGCCUGGUUUUCUUUUCUGGGUUGUUCCUGCUUCGCUACCUACAUAUAUAGUCACAUAUUCUUUUCCUUCUUCUCCUUUGGUUCUGUUUAACAAAUGGAGGGAGACAAGAAGCAUGUCAGCGCUGGUGCUGCUUCUUCUUCGUCAUUGGCGGCUGAACUUUUUGGGACCAAGGAGUCACCGCCCAGUUCUUCAGCUGGGGUUUUCGCUUCCAUCUUCCCGCCUCCAUCCACUGUCCUGAAGAAGUCUUCCAACUCUGCGGGGGCUGGAACUUGGCACAAGUAUCAGCAUCACUCUGGAAAGCAUGGGACAACAGCAAUGAAUGGUGAGGCUGGAAGCUAUGGCAUCAUGGGUCACAGCAGGGAGAGGAUGGAGCCAUGCCAUCUGAGUUCAUCGAUUUACUAUGGCGGCCAAGAAAACUACUCUCAGUCUCCAAGUAGCCAAUCCCCUGGCUCAUAUCCUAUCGUGAGUCUUAUCCUUGAACGGUAUCAUUUAGCCCUUUGUAAUAACGAACUCCAACACAAGUCGACUGUUUUUGUUCAGUUAAAGAAAGAUGGAGAAGAGGAUGAUCCUAAUGGAAACAAUUCCACCAGUGCUUCCAGAGGGAAUUGGUGGCAAGGUUUCCCCUUUUUGUUGUGCUACUCGCUUUGUUCUCAAGACAUACCUUCUACCCUCUCCUUUUCAUUAAUGGUGUCCUGUGUUUCUGAUGAUUGUUUCUUCAGGUUCUCUAUAUUACUAGGACCCUCGACUGCUUUGCCAUGCCGAUUUCCCCUUCUAUUUUCCAAAGGUAUGUACUUUGAAUCCAAACUGCCUGCUUCCUUCAGUGAUUUUGCUGAUAAACUGGUAUAUGCCAGCUUUUGCACCUGA